GCAGACCACGUUUUAAAACGAGAUGAUUUGACCUAGUGUUGAUGUUCUACAAUAAAAUUGAUACUUUACCAUUGGCCACGAUUUCCAUUCUCUCUUUCCUUUUCGUUAAAUUGAUUUGAGUAGUUGCUAAGGUCAUAGGAUUAGGAAUAUUAUCAAAGGGAUAAUGUAUAUAACGCCGGUCAUUAUCGGGAAAAUAGGCCCCUUCAGGGCGAAGGAAGACACCUCCAUUUCACGUCGGUUUUCCGUUCGCACUGUCGGGGCUUAUUUUCCCGAUAAUGACCUGCAUUCUAUAAAUUAUCCCGCCUAUUACACGGCUACUUUGCAAAACGAAAAAAUAACUUCACACGGUGUCUUUUAACAAUUUAUAUGUUACAAUUCGUAGUGUUGAUCAGCAGAGAAAUAGACGACGUGGCUUAGCAACCGAAUACGCUGGGUAGGUUACCGGACUUUGCGGAGUGAUACGGAAGAUUAGCCUGGAAAUCCAGACCCACAUCUAGAAAGUUGUAGGGUCUGGGUAAGUAAUGAAAAAUUGCUCCAAAUCCAAGCAUGCGUUUGAAAAUAUCACUGCAAUUCAAGUGAAUGGAGCAUUCUAAAGCAUUAAGAAGAGCCGUGUAAUAAAUAUAUAUUGUGGAGUAGUGCGCUCAUUUAAUAACAUGGCCUUUUUGUUGACCGUAUGAGAAUAAUAGUGGUUUAGUUCAAGACAUCUUUAUAGUGUAACCUAAUGUUAUGUUGGCUAUAACGUUCCUCCAUUUUACUAUUCCCAAAAUAAGUAAUUGCUUAAGUCAGUAGGCCUACUUGCCUUUCAAAGCUUGAGUGGAGCAGUCUGUAAAUUGAACAGAUAAAGAGGAACUGGUUUACUCACUCCCUGAGAUCAUCUAGCCUACUCAGAUGAUCUGGGCUGAUGUGCGUUUGCAACAAGAGAGAAACGGAACAAAGUACAGCCAAAAAACAGAACUGAAACAGAUCUACUGAUUUAACCCAGAGAGUUUUUAUAUGUUGACGGAUUGUAUGUAUUUUCACAUUGAAAGCAUUUAAAUAUGUAAACUAAACUCACCCGAAGCCAAAAGAAAGCAAUUUUCUUUAAGCCACCAAUAUCUGCAACGUUUGAAAUGAAAAAAGAAUUAGUAGAAAUCUUUUUUUCUCAGAAUACUUUAUCUAAAGAGAAGGUUAAACCCCAAAACAGAAAAAGCAAGUUUUAUGUCCUUAAUAUUGUAUUUCCAUUAUAGUUAAAGGUUUCCAACGUAUAAACACUAGUUCAGAACGAUUAAAAAUUGCAAUGUCAACCAACAUUUUUGACGUUAUUUCAAAGGAAUCGAUUGUGUUGUAGAGUUAUUAUCCUAGCAGCUAGCACCAGCCCGUACCACCAUGAAUUUCAUAAUUUCAUACAAAAGGGGUCUCCAGACUUGCCAACACAACUUUCUGUUAAUAUGCUGCCUCUUAUUUUGCUGAGGACUUCUACGACAGUUGGCCAAAACAUACGCGGUGCUCGACUGCUUGACAUUCAUACCGAAAUGUAAGAUAAGCAAUUCUACAACAUUGACAGUAUAGACGGAUUCAUCCCCCACCUAAUUAGACUCCACUAAUAGAACACCACAACGUAAACCCAACAAAACAACGUUUUAAUAAACCUCAUACACUCAACACCCCUUCUCCAUGCCUCAGCUGGCCUCCAUCUCUUCCCGCCCCGGUGCACAUGAGUGACAUGUAUCCGUCACGGGCUGUCCCCCCUCCCUGGCUGUCCCACUCUAUUAAAGCCCCAAGCCGUCUCCUGGCGGGCUCACUUCUCCCUCCACUCCAUCACCCCUGGCCUUCGGAUGGACUGGAGCACCUACGAAUCGGACCCCCUGGAGGUCCCGCCCCUCACGCCCACCAGUAAGGAGGUGCUGAGCCAGGCGGUGAGCGCUACAUUUCAGGGCUUUGACCAGGAGAGGAAGGACCGACACAUCCCACAAGAUCCUCAUCUUUGGUCCCUGUGGGAGGUCAACCAUUGGCUGGACUGGUGUCUGGCCGAGUUUGGCCUCCAAUGCCUGGGUCUGAAUUUACGGGGCAUGCAGGGGAACGAGCUGUGUGAACUGGACAGGGAGACGUUCCUGGGCCUGACCUCGGACUGUACCGCCGGAGAGAUACUGUGGGAGCACCUGGAGACGAUGCAGAGAGACUACUAUGCAGAGUAUGUUGAGCAUCAGAGUGGCCACCUGCAGUACAGUGAUGCUCACGUGGACCAAGCCCAGCAUCUCCACACCCUGGAGCCUGCAGGGUCCGUGCAACACGACGACUGUUUCUCAUUCAACGGCAGUGGACCUUGUAGAAGCAGUUCCUCUGCCCCACCGCCGCAAGAGGCUGGGGAACCCCGAGAGACGGAUUCAGAAGCGGACAUGAUCCACUAUGAGGACGCUGACAUCACCGGCUCGCUGUCCUGGACCACCCAGAUCCAGGAGACGGACCCCUUUGUCUUGCCGCAGCACCACAGAGGCUUCAAAGAGUUCAUGGGCAACAUGACCGACGUGGGUGGGGCCAUGAUACCAGCGGCCAUCCUGGCUGGCUACACAGGCAGUGGCCCCAUUCAACUCUGGCAGUUCCUCCUGGAGCUCCUGACCGACCGCAGCUGCCAGUCCUGCAUAAGCUGGACGGGCAACGGCUGGGAGUUCAAGCUGACCGACCCCGAUGAGGUAGCCCUGCUGUGGGGCCGCAGGAAGAACAAGCCCAAGAUGAACUACGAGAAGCUGAGCCGCGGCCUGCGCUACUACUACGACAAGAACAUCAUCCACAAGACGGCGGGCAAGCGCUACGUGUACCGCUUCGUGUGCAACCUGCAGGGCCUGUUGGGCUACGAGCCCGGGGAGCUGCACGCCCUGCUGGACGUCAGCGCCAAGAACCAGGACUGAGCGUCGGGACGAGGUACACUGCGGACGGUGGGCAAGUCUUUCAGCCGGGCACUGCGUUAAUAUCCCUCACCCCCCCCUCCAUCCACUAUCAUGUAUAUGUAUGUAUAUUUUUCUCUAAUUGUAAAUUAUUACUGAUUUAAACAGUGAAAAUGGUCCAAUCAUCUGUUGACAAAUGGAAGAUGAUAUUCUGUGGUUAGUGGACAGAGGGCGGCUCAGGGCCACAGCUGGUUAAAAUGCUUUUUUUGUACAUCCAGGGGAAUCGAGCUAGUUCCUCUACUCUUAACUAGACUCUUGCACUCCUGUCCAUGGAGACUGGUUUCAUUUAGGCCGUUUUGUUGACAAUGAUUGGGCAUUGUACUUAAUAUACUGCCACCCUCUAACAUCCCUAUUUGAACAGUACAUGUAAGCAUGGGGCAUUGAGUCCGAUUUUAUACGUACAAUACUGCUAUUGAAGUGGUAGCCAAUGCCAUCGUGAAACCUAGUUUUGUUUAUUACUGU